AUGUCGUGCUCUAGGUCAUUCAACAAGUCAUGCGAAAAUAUGGGGAGCUGCUACAAUGCUUUCAACAAUCAAGGUAGCUUAGGGCCCGAGGCAUGUACCUGGGGAUUUUCUCUGUGGCUUGUAUGUUGGACGACAUGUCUUCCUUUGUAUCUCACGAAUUUCCUCAGAUGCCAAUCAUGGAUCGUGGUAGACGUGCCCUCGACCGAGCCGAGAUACUGUGUCUGUGGAGCGUGUAGGACGGAGGGAGAAUGGGCCGUAUCGACGCAUGUGCAGGAUCAGCUGCCAUGGGAGAUGGAUAACCGCGUGGAUGCGGAUUGGCUCUUUGACGGAUAUGUAGAUGAGGACGGCGCUUUCCUGGUAUGCUCACCCCAUAAGACUCCUUCACUUGCAUAUGCGGAGUAUAAGAAAUGGAUCAUGAUUUUCUUGCAAACGAGGUUUUGCAGAGCAAGAGUUGAACGACCUAGAGAACUUGUCCGAUUAGUGGUUGCAGAGCUAGCUGCUAGGAAAUACUGGUAG